AUGUGGGUUGGUGGUCCUAGCUCAAUGGCUAUCCAUGGAGUUAAUCCAGUUCCAUUCCCAAAUGCUUAUCGGAUCUUUACUCAGAAUUGUCACAUCCUUCUCGUAGACAAUAACAGUGAAACUCUUCGUGGUACGGCUGCUUUGCUCGAAUCCUGUUAUUAUCAAGUGACAGCCGUUGAAUCCGGUCUCCAUGCUAUGUCUAUGCUAACAAGUCGAAAGCAACACUUCGAUCUUGUGCUAACCGACGCUCAUUUGGUUGACAUCGAUGUAUUCAUCUUGCUCCAAGAGUCGUUUAACAUGGAGAUUCCCACAAUUUUCAUGGCUAUGGAAGAAGAUCCGGUGAUAGCAAGAACAUCGAUAGAAAGUGGAGUGUGUUACUUUCUUGAGAAACCUGUCAAUUGGAACGCGGUGAAAGGGUUGUGGCAAUAUGUGAUGCGCGAGAAGUCAAUUAAAUCGCAGAGAUCUGGCGGCGAUUAUGGAAAGUUCGACGAGACAGAUGAUAAUGAUUCGGAUGAUGAUGGAGUUGAAACUAGAAAUAGGAAGAUGCAUGCAUCAAAGAAGAAAAGGGUUGGAACUGAUGGGUCAUGGGAAGUUCAAAGGAGGGACAAGAAUCGACAUUCUAAGAAGAAAACUUGUACUGCAUGGACCGAAGAGCUCCAUGCUAAAUUCAUAGCUGCCAUUGAUGAACUCGGAGAAGGAAGAUGUUAUCCUAAGGAGAUCCUUCAAUUAAUGAAUGUGAAAGGUUUAACUAGAAUGCAAGUUGCGAGUCAUCUUCAGAAAUGUCGCAAUGAUAACUGGCGCGCACCCGAGUCACGAAAAUCACAAUCACACAAUGCUCAAGCAAAUGUUGUGCAUAGUCAUCCGGAACCAAACAAGAUUACUUUGAGGAAGUUUGGAUCUAUGCCUCGUUUGGGGAAAAUGUCUAACCCUCAUAAUACUUCUCAAUCCAAAUCCAAUAGUACUCAAAGCUAUUUACCCACUCCAAACCAUUCAUCAUUGGGUAAUCUAUUGGGUAAUGAUCAUCAACAACAUCAUCAUCAUCAUCAUCAAAAUGGGAGCUAUAGAGUUCAUCAUGAGUUCCCCAAUUCCAACAAUCAAAUGGAGACAAACUACAUGAAUGGAGGAGGAAGCUUUGAUACUAAUCCUAGGCUAAUGGAGAAUAUUGUUCAUGAUAUUGGUAACUUUGGAGGGCAAAUGGUAAAUGGUCAUCGUGAUAAUAGUGGUUUGGAUCAUAGCAACUCUUCUAUGUUCAUGGAGAUGGCAAAUCAUCAUCCAACUCAUCAUGUUGAACCAACCUUUGUUGGAAAUGUUAUGAUGGCUGCUGUUGAGCCAAACUCACACCAUCAAAAUGGUAUGGUGGAUGAUUUCUUUGACUUUCUCCCUGAAGCUGCUGAACCAUCUCAAGGCUAUCCUAAAAUGUUCAACUAUGGCUCAUCUUCUGGGGCUGCUGCUGGUGGUACCUACACCUUUGAACCAUAUCUCUUCAACCAGAACCAAAGCCAGAGCCAGAGCCAGAGCCAAAACCAGAACCAGAGCCAGAGCCAGAACCAAGGAGAGUGA